UUUUUCCGCUUGUCAACAAUAUAACCUCUCGCUACUUGCGGCGGUCAGUUGGUCUGUUUGUGUUUCAAUUUUAAUUUUGUUUACAGAAAACAUCUUGUCGGUUCUACUCACUCGGCAAAGUGUUGUGAUUGUACAUAAAUGAUGCGGUGUCUUUAGGAUUUCCAUACUAAACGUGUACGAAGAACAGAAAAAUAACACCUGGAUAAACAACAUAUAUAAACUUUCACGUUUUUCUCUUAUUCGAUAGAACAGUUGAUGAAAAUUAAUUCAUUGAGAGUAAAAUAAAAUGUCAGGACCAAUGGUGCUGUGUCAGCUGUGGAUGGGUGGCCUGGAGCCGUACAUGACUGAAAGCUUCAUCAUGAACGCGUUCCACAAAAUGGGCGAACAGCCGCAGACGGUAAAAGUAAUGCGAAAUCGGUAUACAGGCGAGCCCGCAGGAUACUGCUUUGUACAUUUUCCAACUGACGAAAUGGCGCUCGAUGCCAUGCACAAAUUAAACGGCAAAGUCAUACCCGGUUCAAAUCCCCCUGUACGGUUUCGUUUAAAUCACGCCAGCACUACAGGGAAACCUGCCGCUGAGAGGGAAUUCAGCAUUUGGGUAGGCGAUUUAUCCACCGAUGUAGAUGAUUACUCUUUAUACAGAGCAUUUGCCGCAAAAUAUAAUUCAAUCAGAACAGCUAAAGUUAUAUUGGAUAGCUCGGGAUUCAGUAAAGGCUAUGGCUUUGUUAGAUUCGCGAACGAAGAAGAACAGAAGAAUAGCCUAAUCACUAUGAAUGGUUACAGAGGACUUGGAACAAAAUCUCUAAAAAUCUGCAAUGCUGUACCUAGACCCUGGAAUAAAAUAUCUGGUUCAACACCACCACAAUCAACUUCUGAGUAUCCAGCAUCAAACAUGAAUUCAGAGGCGUAUAAUUACUAUGAUACGUCAUCAUAUUGGAAUAGUUACAGCGCUUGGCAACAAGGCUAUUAUGAAAGCGAACCAACAUCAGAUGCUUAUAAUAACUAUGUAUCUGAUCAGAAACCUGAGGAAGAUGAAUUAGAAUUAAUCGAGCAUUCAGUCCCCAUUGAUAUUGACAAAGCAAAUAGAGAAAUAAUUGAACAAGAUUAUAAUUUAUGGGAUGCCUUGGAAAGUUCAAAGUGGAUUCCAUGUGAUACUAUAGAAUUGUGCUAUUAAUGAUUAAUAAAGAUAUAUGAUACCUCUUCACGGAUUUUUAUAUAUAUUAUAAUACGGA